AUGGAUCACCUGAUCAAUGUGGAAAAACAUACUGGAUUGAUGUGCCGCAGGAAGGUCUUUGAUGUUAGCUUUAAUAAUGAUGCUGCCAGUGAGAAAGUCGUGAUGUGUGAUGUGAUGAUACGUACUCACUUAUUCUCAGACUCAGACCAUUUGGACUGCAACACUGACCGGCCAUCAGGGUGUGACAGGUGCUGUCUUGCCAAACCAACCAUCUGCUGUGACAUCCAUCACCCCAAUCAUUUUACCCAAUGCACUUCUCACAUCGAAAAAACCGCAACUAUGCUUCCACGCUCCCGCAUUGCCAAGUAUGAGAAAACAAAAAACAACUUUGCCUUACAAGAUGUGCUAGAUGAGUGGCGCGAGCAGAAGACAGUCGACGUAUACGGCUGGCACCACCUCAAUGACCUUGGUCCUACUAUUGUCAUGCCCAACACUAUGUUAGAUCAUGUUGUCGACUGUGCGCAUCAUCAUAAGCUCCAGAAUAUUGUUGAUUUGAAGAAGGAGACCGGUUGGACAGACACGGGAAAAUUUGGGGAGGAGGUUAUUGCUCUCAUCAAAAAAUAUGUGCCACUGCCUCACUCUGCGCUGUUCACAGCAACACCGCUCAGACUUAUAUCAACACCUAUCACCACUCCUCAACUUCCCACGCCAGUCCCCGCUGCUGUUGAAAGACGAAGGAACCGGUGUAGCGCUUGUGGUCUGGAGGGACACAACGGUAUGUUUUCAUUUUUUGGGCAGUUUCUGUUACACGAACAUAUUACAGCACACAAUCACGUGUGUCAUAGGCAUCCAUCACGCUCAGGACCAAACAAGGAGAACAUCGCCCAAGACACUCGCGCAGCUUACGCACCUGCUCAAGACAUUUGUGCAGCUUAG